GGCCGGAGCCGCUGCCGCUGGAGGCGCGUUGGGCGAAGUCGGCGGAAAGUUGGCGGCAGCGGCGGCCGCGUCCUCCGCUUUGUCCCGGGCCGAGCCCGCGGCCGUUGCUUGGCCGGGCAGAGAGGCGGGGCGGCCGGAGAGCGGGCGAGAGCGAGGCCGGAGAGCGGGCAAGGCGGACGGGCUGCCCUGGGCCGGCCUCCUCCUCCUCCUCCUCCGGGCGCCGGCCAUGUCGUCCAUCCUGCCCUUCACGCCGCCCAUCGUGAAGCGGCUGCUGGGCUGGAAGAAGGGCGAGCAGAACGGGCAGGAGGAGAAGUGGUGCGAGAAGGCGGUCAAGAGCCUGGUCAAGAAGCUGAAGAAGACCGGGCAGCUGGACGAGCUGGAGAAGGCCAUCACCACGCAGAGCGCCGCCACCAAGUGCAUCACCAUCCCCAGGUCGCUGGAUGGUCGGCUGCAGGUCUCCCAUCGAAAGGGUCUCCCACACGUCAUCUAUUGCCGGCUGUGGCGGUGGCCAGACCUUCAUAGCCACCAUGAACUGCGCGCCAUGGAAAUGUGUGAAUACGCAUUCAACAUGAAGAAGGACGAAGUGUGUGUGAAUCCAUAUCACUACCAAAGAGUGGAAACACCAGUAUUACCUCCGGUUUUGGUCCCACGACAUGCGGAAAUUCCAGCCGAAUUCCCUCCGCUCGACGAUUACAGCCAUUCCAUUCCCGAGAACACGAAUUUCCCAGCUGGCAUCGAACCUCAGAGUAACUACAUUCCAGAGACACCGCCUCCCGGAUAUCUGAGCGAGGAUGGAGAAACCAGUGACCAUCAAAUGAACCACAGUUUAGAUGCAGGUUCGCCAAAUUUAUCUCCGAAUCCGAUGUCUCCUGCACACAGUAAUCUGGAUCUCCAGCCGGUCACCUAUUGUGAACCGGCCUUCUGGUGCUCCAUUUCCUAUUAUGAGCUCAACCAGCGAGUGGGAGAGACAUUCCACGCUUCUCAGCCCUCAAUGACCGUGGAUGGAUUCACGGACCCAUCAAAUUCGGAGCGCUUCUGCCUCGGCCUGCUUUCCAAUGUCAACCGCAACGCAGCUGUGGAGCUCACCAGGCGGCACAUUGGGAGAGGAGUAAGACUGUAUUACAUUGGAGGGGAAGUUUUUGCCGAAUGCCUUAGUGACAGUGCCAUAUUUGUUCAGUCCCCCAACUGCAACCAGCGUUAUGGCUGGCACCCAGCUACCGUGUGCAAGAUACCACCAGGGUGUAACUUGAAGAUAUUUAACAACCAAGAAUUCGCAGCCCUCCUGGCUCAGUCUGUCAACCAGGGCUUUGAGGCCGUCUACCAGCUGACACGCAUGUGCACCAUCCGGAUGAGCUUUGUCAAGGGCUGGGGGGCCGAGUACAGGCGGCAGACAGUCACAAGCACUCCCUGCUGGAUCGAGCUCCACCUGAACGGCCCCUUGCAGUGGCUGGACAAGGUCUUGACGCAGAUGGGCUCCCCGAGCAUCCGCUGCUCCAGCGUGUCUUAAAGGAUGAGGAAGGUGGAACCAGGUCAAAUCUUGAGCAGAGACAAAACAGCUCAGCCUCUUCCUUGGUAAUGUACAAAAAAACAGAACGGAAACGAGCAUUUAGGGUAGCGGCUGUGCCCUUCCUUCUGUUCAGCGAAAGAUUUUGUUCAAUAUCCUGGAUGGGAGCAAAGACUUCCUCAUAAUGUUCAUGUGUUCAGAAGAUCCACCCAAAGCUUUGAGAUGCCCAGGUGGGUCCUUCCGUGGACCACUGGAGGAGAGCCUCGGCUACAUAGGCAGCUUGAAUUUCUAAUUUAGGACAGGCAGGCUGUGGCUGAUGGGCUUUGCAAGACCGGGUGGCACUUGAUAACAAUUCUUGGGAGGCUAGAGAGCAAGGAAAUGGUUCUGCCUCCUCCUUGCCCUUCCUUCUUCCUACCUCUUCGUGCGAGAAUUUCCACUUUGUACCGGGCACAUGGGGAGAAGAGCCAAGACAUCUUCUAAUAUUUCUUUUUGAGCAUCCACCUGGGCGACUGUGUGUUUUUCUCUGCCAACCGUUUGGAGGAGGGGAUUUUCCUCAUCUGCAGCCCCGACUGAUAAGGUGCCAUUAAUUGAAGAUGAAGAGGACUCGUGCCCCAAGGAAGGAGCUGCCUCCUCUCGGACAUGGAAACGGAUGCUUGAACUGACGCUGGGAUGAUCUCGGACCUAAGACCUCCUGCGUUAAAGGCAAGUGUCCCCAGCUCAUCCCUCAUCCAUCAGUCCAUAUUUUAAGGUUGCUUCUCCUUUGGACUUGCUUGGAACUGGCCGCUUCUUCCGUGCUGACCUGCUGGGCUCACGAUCCCAUCUUCUGAAGAACCUCUGAAAGACUCUGAACAUCCAGAAGGAGAAACUUUUGGAAAAGCACGCUUGCCUGUCCUGCUUCCAAAACUGCCUCUAGAAGCAUUAGCUGGAAAGGAAGAAGACAGCCAGCCAGAAGUGUUCUGGAGCAAAAUCGGCCAGGAGAAACUUACGCGCCUUCCUUCCUCAUCAAUAGGAUUUCCUUGGCCAUUUGACUCAUCUGCCAAAACGGAUCUUUUCCACCCAUCAAAUCGGAACAGCCUGACCACAGCACGGCUCCCAGAUGAUUUAAUUGACAGUUAUUACUGUUUUGAUUCUUGUAACUAAGCAAACAUCUGUAAACAGAUUUGGAGCCAUGCUUACUGUUCUUCAAAGCAGUUGUGUAUGUGGGUGUGGGUGUAUUUGUGCAAGAGUUCUACAGUGGCCAGUAAUUCUGGUUAGUACGCUUCGUGAUUGUGAGGGCGAAAUCCGUGUGCGGUGUCUUUGUGAUCAGAAGUAAGUGUUAUUCAUGCCAGUCAACCCAUCUGGAGUUGUUCAGUAAUUUGGACUUGUUUCUAGAUUCUCAAGACUUAAAAAAACCAAACUUGGUAACCAGUCCCCAGAAGCUGAGAAUCCAUUAUUUUUCCUCAGAAUUGAGCGGAUUAAUUAAAACCUAAGAAGCUCAAAUAAUAUAGAAGAACACAAUUUGAGAUACCUUGUGGUAAAGUAACUGAAAGCAUUUAACUGUAUUGAAUAGGUUGUAUGUCUGUUCAGCGUGGCGCGACCGGCAAAUAUUUGGGAAUGCAGAUAAGAAAUACCAUUUCAAUUUCAGAUUAAUGUCUUGACAGAUGAUUUAAAGUUCAGUAUUAAUCUGGUCGGCCUUCAGAAACAGAAAUGGCUGCCUCAUUGCAUAAAAUGUGUGGAGCUUCCUUGGAAAAAGAGAUGGCUUGUUCUCAGUCUGAGUAAUCUCUGAGCAGCGUCUGAAAUCCCACUGGGUUUUUCGUAGGGUUAAAUUCACCUUUCAAUAUCAGAGCAAUGCCGGAGUCGUCUUAAAAAUGGCAUUUAUAGAAUCUUACUCUAUAAAGAUUCAGUGUAACCUUAACCCUAACCAUACGGCAAUAUGCCGUAUGGAAUAUUUGAGUUUCAGAAAUGCUUUUAAAUAAUUCAAGGAGAGAAAACUUGCAGAAUGUAUGUGGUGUGCAUGCUUUUUGUAAAAAAAUGAAAAAAAGUUAUAGCAAUUGUGGCUGGUAGGAACAAUCAAUCCAAAGACAUUUUUGAAGGCUUUUUUAAAAAUGUGAUCCGUGUAGAUUUUUUUAGGCACCCAGGAUGAAAUAUGUUUGCUCCAGGUUCUGUACAGCUUUAAUCAAGUAGCCAUCGGUGUGUUCUGGUUCACUGGGAAAACUGUUGCCGUUUUCGCUGACCUGAUUUCUUCCAGAUAUGCUGGGUGUGUUGCUUGUAUUGUCUCUGGGAGUUCUGAGCAUCCUAGCCUGUUGGGUAAUUUUAAGGUAGCUAGGUCCUUUAGGGUGAAAAGUUAAUUUCUGGGCGCAGGGAAUUCACUUUCUUUCAGGUUCUCUCCUUGAAACACUACAUUUCUACUAGUUUGAGUGGGCCUUCCUACGUUGAAGGAUCUGGUCACCCAAACCCGAUUGUAAUUGGAUGGCGUGGCUCUCCCAGACCAAUCACACAGACCUAUUGUGCUUUUGAUGACUUAUUCACUGCUGGAAGGACAGAUUACGGAGAGCCCCCGUGAGUCUGCCAAUGAACAGUGAAGAAAGUUUGAAGAUAGUUUUAAAUACAUAGAUAUAUAUUUUCUUACUCAGCAUAUUAGCCACUUUGCACAAGUCCAGAUUUUAGUUCUUGAGACUUCCUUUUUGUAUUCAGUUCUUGUGAUAAGUCUACUGGGUAAAUCAUUUCCCUGCCCAUUAAAUCUUUCUAUUGUUGGCAAAACUGAGGUAUGAUCAGCAUUUUCAGAGUUUCACAAACAGGAGAGGUUUCUUCAGAAAAUGUCUCUCGGUUUCUACUUUGAGUGAAGAGGGAAGACGUUUCUCCAUAGAUUGCAAACCUUGCUUCGUACAGCCUGGGACACCAAACCACCAAAAUGUCCAUGAAAUAUAGUUCAGCAAAAUUCUCAGCAGCAGUUUAAAUAAACUUUUUAAAGUUUCAGCUGAACUCUGCUCUACAGAUAAAAGUGGGAAUGCUUGUAAGAGGAUCCUAUGUGAACCAGAUAAUCUUGUGAAAUUAAAAAUCCCACCCUAAGCUUGUGUUUGUUGAUUAUGAUGAAUCAUAGUGUACAUUAUUUGGUUGUUGCUAGGAUAGCGCUUCCCAAAAUUGGGUAAAUUAUCCAAAAUUGGGUAAAAGCGGUUUUUUUUGGCUAACAACACACGAACCUAACAGGGACAUUUAAAUAAGGAUUUUCUGAUAAGACGUUUUGGGUAAUGAAGAUAAAAGUUUGGGAAAUGCUAGUUUAGGAAAUCCAAACCCACCCAUUGUGGCUUAUUCAACAAAACACAGUUUAGCUGUAUAUGUGAACUCACCCAGACUAUUCAGGUAUAAACAGAAAAAAAAUCUUCUCAAAUUGAUGUUUGGUAUUAAAUUGAUGUUUCAGAUUAGAUGUUGAAAUGCCCAGGAACUGCCAUAAAAUAAAGUAUACUUAAGUGCAUUUAAUUUUCCCCAGUCUGCAUCCAUAGUCCUGCUAAAAAUGUUCCUUGUGCCUUGUUAAAAUCUAGUAGAAAUUUGGAAAUGGUGCAGAAGGGCACCCAAUUCUAGCUUCCUGGGCUCAUUAGCUGGGGAAACAGGUGCCAGGUAAGCUAUUGCUCAGGUGUUGGUCUGACCCUUUCAGGUCUUGAGUGAGACCUGUUAGUAUCAGGCUGCAUUCGUAACACCAAGCCAUAUCAUGGUUUGCCUCAAGUUAAGUGGAUGCAUUCUGCAAACCUAGCCAAUCAUAGUUUAGUCAACAAAAUGUGAUUAAGCAAGGCAUAGUACACAGGUAGCUGGACCCAAUCUUGUUCUACAGAUAAAAAGCCAGCUAAAAACUUUUGUCUGACCCGCUUCUUGCUACCUGAAAUGGAAGUUUGCGAAACAAGCCAUACAACAUGAAACUCACACAAGUGCCAAAAUCUUGAAAAGUCCUCAUUGGGAUUAUCUGGAGCUGCACUUUAAAGAAAGACUUGGUGACUUCACAAAUUUGGGUCCCGAGUGGUGCAGGCAUAAUUUUUAAAAGGAAUCUGGAAGCAUUACGUACUGGACAGAAACACUUCGGCUACUGACCGGAUGUCCAUGUGAAGAGCACAAGAAACGCCUCGGGCAAUAUUGUGCAAAGUAUAGGAUUGUUAACGUAACAACGUUAAGUUUCCCUGUCCCUUCCCCUUUCAAGAUUACAUUGAUUGAAGCUCCACAAAGUUUUGGGGACCCUGGAGCCCAUACAUUGGUCCAGAGAUGAUGCUGUAAGCCUUUGUUGAUGGUCGAAAGUAACUUCCUUUGACUUUGAAAAGCCCCUCUCAGUUGCUCUUCUCCUAAAUGUGAUUCUUUGCUGUUGUUCCUUGGAAGGGAUCACCAAUGCUUGGGCCUUGGUGUACAUCCCAGGUGCUACAUUGAAAGCAUUGGAUGACCACCACUCCAAUUCCUCUUUGCAGCAGCUGAAAUUCGCUCUCUUGGGAUUCAGAGGCGCUGACCUUCUAGCAGUGCCUUUAUGGCUCCCUGGCACGGAUAACCUGUCUUGGGGCUGGGCCCCUGUUGAGGUCAAGGCUCUUCUGCCAUGCUGUCAGGUGACGCAGUGAGCACAUGCAUCUGUGUGCCAAACCACGUGGCUUCUGAACUUUUCAUUUGCGCAGGACUUUUAGAUGCAGCAUCGGCCCUAUUGACUAGAAUCAUCUCCUGGCUGCGGCAUCCUUCAUCUCCCCUCAGUGGACUGUUCAUGAGCUGACCUGGACUCUUUCGCCUUACGCAGCUGCUGGCCGGCAUGUCCAGAUGGCCAGGAUGGACUUGGAUUUUAUUGACUUCGAUAAAAACUUUUUUUUUCUUUUGUAUGAUAAUGAGCCAAAUCACAUUGUGUGCAUUGUUUUUAUAUUGCGCUUUCUACAGACCUUUGGGAGCAGCAUCCUCACUUCACAAAAGGAUUGAAAAUGGGUGGUUUUAGGAGAAAAGAGGCUGCUGGAAGCUUUCCAGCAAAGGGGCACAAAGGGUAAAAAUUCAAGGAUGAUCCUGCAGAGGUUGAAGGACUGUUGAAAGCUGCGUUGAGAUCAACUCCUAGAUGACCUCUCUUGCCAGGACUAGUUGGGACCAGACUGGACAGGAGGCUGGCUGUGUUCCGGAUGGGCAGGGGGGACAAGGCUUCUAAAAUUGAGCUCCAUGCUUCUAAAUCCUCAAGAGGCUGGCAGAACCAGAAUUUAAAUUGUUCUAGGAUAGGGUAAGAAAUGAUUAGCCUCUCCAGUAGAAAGGUGUGGUUAAAAUGUUUUAACAUGGUUUUAGGUAUAUAUUUAUUUAUGCAACUAAUGUAGUAGCCAGAUUCACUCAAGAUUAUUUCUCAACUUCAAGAGAGUUGGGGGAAGAUUUGACAGAGGUAUAUCGUCCGAUGGAGAUUCAGACAGUAAAACAAGAGACGGAGGUCGGUCCAUCCAUUUUUCUCAGUAGCAAAGCACUUAAUUUCUAUUGGAUUGGGCUUGGCCCCAUUCACCUGCUCCACUGUUGCCUUGGAUGACUGACACUCUUGAGCAGAGGUCUUCAAACUUGGCAGCUUUAAGACUUGUGGACUUCAACUCCCAGAAUUCUCCAGUCAGCUCAGUCAGCAGAGCUGGCUGGAAAAUUCUGGGAGUUGAAGUCCACAAGUCUUAAAAGAUGUCAAGUUUGAACACCUCUGCUCGAGGCACACGUCUUCCACGUGUGGGACCCUCUUUCCAAGCUGAGUGGACAAUGCAGGUGGGAGGUCUCAAAGGUGCUUUUUAAAAAGGCAACUGGACUUGUGUGGUGCCAGCCUCAUAAAGAUGACCAUGGCAGCUGUAGGACCAGCUUUCCUUUCCAAAGUCCUCCCCUCACCCCACCCCCAUGAGACUGGGGCCAGGAUUCUUGAUUAACUGGGUUGAGGCUGUGGGCCACGGAGGCCGGGCCGUGGGAGAUGGCAAUUCCCUAGCACAGGAGAGCAGUCAAGGAAAGCUGUUCUACACAUCUGCCUACUUUUCUAGCAUUGGCAUGCAAGAAUCCUUGUGCCUCAAACAGGUUGGGGACGGACUUCUAGCAAUGGAACCGAUACUAAGCAAGUGGUCCUUCCUCUUUCUGUUCUCCAGCCCUUCCAUUGGUAGCCCUUGAUACAAGGAGGCGCUUGGCAUCAGCAAAGGCACCCAGAGGUCUCCUUCCCACCUUCGAUGGAAGUAGAGUUCAGCUCUUGGUUUCUUGAGAAAUAGUGGGCUUCUCGCUAGCUCUUAUGAAAUGUUCUUCACCCAAUGUUUUGUACUUUUGGCUGUAUAUUGCUUGUUGUCCUUUGGCCCUUAGCUUAUCUCUAUUAAAAGCUUUGUAACAUCCAUGUCCUGUUAUUUCUAAAAGUGAAAUUUCAAGUUCUCUGAUAUUUUUAAUAAACUUUUUAAGACUC